CCCCCACCUUCGUGAGAGGUGGUGUUGCGGCAUCAGGGCAGCAUAGCGGGGACCGAGUCGCUGCACGUCGAACAGCCCGCUCAUGGCUGAGCAGCCAACCUGACGGGGUUCUAGUCGCGUGUUACACAGUUCGCACAAAAUGCCUUACAAAUUGUUUAUAGUGACUUUGGUGCUACACUACACGGCUGCCGAACACUACAAGAUUAAGCCUGAUUUCGUAAAGACAUGUUUCAAAAGCGACCCAGAAUUCGACGACUGUUCGAAACAAGCGGUACAACAACUGUUCAACGCUUUGGGACCCGGUUUACCUGAAAUAGGCAUGGUGCCACUAGAUCCUUUGAAGAUUCCUAAAAUAAGAAUCUUGCAAGGAGAUGGCCCGGUGAACGUAAAUGCGGCACUAGAUGACGUCAUAGUAUCAGGGUUCGGAGAUACUGAAGUUUUGUUGAGCCAGGUGGAUGGCAAAAGUUACAGCUUUUACACAAAGGUCCGAGUGCCAAAAAUAAGGAUAGAGGGAACGUACGACUUAAAAGGGAAAAUAUUGUUAAUUCCACUAGUCGGUAGGGGACUCUGUUGGUUUGAACCCACAAAUAUGACUAUUGAUAUUGUGAGUGACGUAAAGUUGUAUGAUAAAGAUGGAUUUGUAUUUUUCAAUGUCACCGGAGCACAUGUAAAAUAUACAAUUGGUGGAUUGAAAUUAAGAAUGAACAAUCUAUUUGACGGAAUUUCAUCUCUUGAGGACAGCACAAACUCGUACCUAAACGCUAAUUGGAGACCUGUAUCGGAAUCUUUACGACCAAUCCUGUCAAAAACAAUCGAAGAUAUUUUAUUGGGUUUCUUGCAACAACUAUUUCACAAUUUACCUGCGAAUUUCAUGAUCGGAGAUAUCAAAAAUAAUAUUAAGAAAUCUGAUAAAAAAGUCUGAUUGCAGUAGAUUUUUUAGAAUUGUAUUAAAGUAGAUUUAGUUGUAUGUCUUCACACUAUCACUUUUUUCUGUGCAAUAC